AUGCUAAUGUUUACCACCCUGGUCCUCUACAAGUUGGACUUCUACGUGGAGAAGCAACGCAUGCGGAUCUACAAAGCUGUGGUAGUGUGUGCUCCACUGGUGUCCUGCGCUGCAGUGCAAAGCUGGGCUCAUGAUGGCGGCACGUGGCAUCUCACAGAGGGGAUUAUCCAAUGGAUGCUGGUUUGUGCGACGUGUUUGCUGCACGUUGGCUGGAAGAUUCUUUUUAUCUGGGAAGCACGGCCAUCAAAGGAAGACCUGGAUCUGCCCAUGAGCUUCAGAUCUGUUCGCUACUUGGAUAUCUUCGGUAGCCUUCGCCGCAGGCCGAGUCGGUGA